CCGCACCUUAACUCCAAGGCUCACUCUUUGAACGCACACCACCUGUCCACGUCUCGGAUACAUUUAAAAGAAAGCGGCACUCAAGCCACCUGAUUAAGUAAUCUUUGAAGUGACAUUGGUUUGAUCAUAAAUAGAGCCGCCUGUAGCACCCCUGCAUGACAUACUGUAUGAUAUACAACUGAAAUCACAAUGGAGUCAGAUCAACAAUCAGGAAGGAGAAGGAGAAGAAAUAGCUUGCCUACACCUCCUGGAAUGUCUCCUCUGAGGAUUGUGCUGCUGGGUAAAACUGGGACAGGAAAAAGUGCCACAGGAAACACCAUCCUGGGGAGUGACAUAUUCAAGCAGUAUUUAUCUCAAUCUGUGACUGAAACAUGUAAUAAGCAACAUGCUGAAGUAGUUGGGAGACAAGUAACAUUGAUUGAUACACCAGGAUUGUUUGACACAGAAAAGAUGCUAGAUGAGUUGGAAAGUGAGAUAGAGAAGUGUGUUGAGUUGUCUUUUCCUGGGCCUCAUGGCUUCCUGCUGGUGAUCAGGCUGGAUGCAAUAUUCACAGAGGAGGAGAGGAAUGCCGUGAGGUGGAUCCAGGAGAACUUUGGUGAAGAAGCGUCUCGGUACACCAUAGUGGUCCUCACUCAUGGAGAUGUGCUGGAGGGAGAACCAGUGGAGGGGUUUCUGCAGAGACGUCCUGCUUUGUCAUCUCUUAUAGAAUAUGCUGGAGGUAGAUAUCAUGUCCUCAACAAUAAGAGUGAAGACAGGACUCAGGUCAGAGAGCUACUGGAGAAGAUAGAGGCCAUGGUGGAGGAGAAUGGAGGAGGACAUUACAUCUAUAAAGAGACUCAGAGAGAAAUAGAAAUGUCAGGUAAAAUGAAGAUGGCUGCUUUAAUUGCUGGGUUUGCUGGUGGAGCAGGAUUAAUAGCAGUGGCAGGAGUACCAGGAGCAGCAGCGAUAGUGGCAGAGCAGCAAGAGCAGUGGGAACAGGAGUAAUUGGAACAGGAGCAGGAGAACCAUAUGUAACCCUAUAGAAUUUUGGUUAUAAGUUUUAUUUUCAUGUUUGUUGAUUUACAAGGAAUGUGAAUUCAUAAUGAGCAUAAUGCAAAUGUUAAAAUGAAUACUAAUUCAUAAUGUUAUUAUUGUCAUUGUUAAAAGGUUAAAAAUGUGAUAAAUAAGAAAAUAAGGUUACCUGUAAGAAUAAAUAAAUAAGUUAGCUUAAUUUACUUACCUUUUGAUAUGAAGCCAAUCAGCAUCCGGGGUGAGAGGUCAGGUUGGAGUAGGAAGUGGGUGAGUGGAGGAGAACGUGAGGAGAGAAGGAGAAGACACGAGUGAGAGAAGCUACGCAGUUAAGCUGCUAGUGGGAAACAUGAGUAAAGCACGACGUUUAGAGUGAAUUUAGGAUAUGCAAGUAGACAAACAACCCGUGCGUCUUGUAUGUGUAUGUUAAUGUGCUUUGACGUUGUUAUUACCGGAGUUUGUGUCGUGUUUAAUGUGGAAGGAUUUGUGAAUUCCAAACCGGCAUUCACGCGAGUGGAUAGAGAGCUAGUCAGCCCGACUAGCUCCAAUGACCAAGAAAGACUGCUAACGAGAGACCUGCUAGGCCCUCGUGUUUGUGGCUUUCGAGGACGCCCUUGCCUAUCACAUAAGCUACAGCCUCCGUCAGGAAAGACGACGCACCAGCCAUAUCACCAGCCCCACGCUGCGUGAUGAAGGGGAGCGGACAUCUUGCCCUGCGUGAGUUGUGUUUUUUUUGUUGCGCCACGCGCGAAACAGCCAUUUUGUUUGUUGGCUUCCACACUGUAAAAUAGGGAUGGGUAUUGAUAAGUUUUUAUCAAUAUCGAUGGCAUUAUCGAUUCUGUCUAUCAAUCCAAUUCCUUAUCAAUUCUCUUAUCGAUUCCCAAAAAAUGUAGGUGCACCCACAUUUUUCAUUGCAUCGCCUUUAACGCCAAAAGGUCACCUUUUAUCGCUCUCCUUUCAUAUAAUGUGAAUGAUUUUUUAACAAUAAGGCGUAGAAAAAGCUUGUCUUUAUUUAAAACACAAUAAGGAAUAUACAUAUUCUUUAUAAAGAAGUAUAAAGAUGUAGGCUAUAUAUAGCCUACAGUGUGUAUAUAUAUAAUAUAAUAUAAUUCUUUAUAUAUUCUAAUCUAUAGCCUACUACUGACAUUUCUGAUAUUCAUGACAUUCAUGACUAUUCAUAUUACAACUCUGCCUCUUUAAUUCAGCUGUCGGCUUGAAGCCUCAAAUUGUAAACAAAGUAGCAUAGUUGGCUAGCUUAUUAUAGUCUACUGGUUGGACUGUUCAGUUUCCCCACGUGUGUUUAAGUUGCAAGGUAGGCUAAUACUUUGUCUCCUUGGGACAGGCCCUUUUGAGUCUUAGAGUUGGAAAACAUUGAGAUCAGUCAACUUGAAUGCAAGAGUUUGAAUCAAAUUUGUGCAGUAGCCUACGCUAUGAUGCUAACCGAAAUUAAUUACAAUGUCGCUAGUUGUCUUCUAUGCGUCAUUGCUUUUCACGAUUGUGAAUGUGCAUGUCGAGGGACGGGUGUCGCGCACGAGAGAGGGAGAGGGAGAGAGAGAGAGCGGGCCAAGGGGGUUACUUAUAUACAGUUUGGCAAAGUUGCACACAUAGUCUACAAUUAAAACUUGUGAAGGAAACGUAUGCUUUCACCCGAGCAGCGUCAGGUGCACCUAGAAUUAUUUUCAGGCAUACUCUUAAACAUUUUGGGCGCAUAUGCACUCUGGAGCCCUGGACCGGGCAACGUUAGCACCCCUCCGUAGUCUGUCAAACACAUGACACUCUUGGAGCUUAAUCCCAUGCUUCACGGACAAAUGUUUUAACAUACUGCUGGUAUUACUACCCUUACACGAUUUGACUUGUAGUAUGAGUCGUCGCAGAGGGCGUGUGGUAGGCUAGUAACACAAAAUUUCAGGAAAACCGGAAAAGGUCCGACGUCAUGCAGGCUGAGGGAAUCGUUAAGGGAAUCGAUAACAAAAAAGACGUACGAUGUCGAUGGAAUUGAUAAGUUAAACCCGGUUCCAAGACGGAACCGGUUAUCGAUGCCCAACCCUACUGUAAAACCCAACUUGCUGUUUGAACUUAAAUAUUUAUGUAACCAUGCUGCGAAAGAAUUUUAUGUUAAAGAUGAACUGAACUGAAAUUUGAAGUAAAUAUGAUAUAACAGAUGUAUUGUAUUUCUUCUCAUUGGUACAAUGAUUAAAAUGGCUGGAUUUGUUAAAAGGGACAAAAUGAUACGGUGAAAGUGGUGUUGUUGUUACACGGGCGCCGCCAUGUUGGAUUUCAACAACCAGCUACGUCACUGGCAUGGUAGGUCAGUCUAGCGCCUAUGACUAGCACUAGUUGCGCAGCAUCGUAGAUAGUGAGUCUGUGGCUAACAAGAGCCCAUUUGGGAUAACUGACAUGGCUAAGGACACGGAAACUAACAGGACUUGGCCCCUGGCUGCAGUAAUGAAAUGUAUAAGGUAACAGCUGGGGUUGAGUAACCUUUUCCCCGCAGGGUACUUUGACAAGGAACCAGCCCUCAACGCAUAGUUAGUCCUAUCUGCCUAAACUGGCUAGCCCUCCGACAGCCAAGGAUUUCGAGUCUGAAGCAAACAAGUCAACAAACUAUUUAGAGAGCUGUGCUUUUGACACAACAGGGUCGGUGACAGAAUGUCACUUUACAACAUCUUACAAGCCCAAGUGGAUUUUGAAAAAAGUUUCCACGAGUCAAGUGAUGCUACCGUAGGCCUACGUGCGGUGUAGAGCAAACCACCGAUGCUAUCUGCCGCAAAACAGGGCGCUGAAACGCAAACGCCAGGCAGGGGUUUAGUUAUCCCCAGCAUGUCUACUAGGCAAAAGGCUGGAUGUAACGUUGUCGUCAAAAUACAAAAACGUAUAAUCGCAUACACACACAAAUAAAGCUAACUGUAGGCUUUAGCGUUCAACAAAACAAACUGACACACUGGGAUAGUCACAAAACAAGCUAGCUAGACAACAAACGAUCCAACCUAGGGAAAGGGCUCACUUCCAGCCUCUAAACACGUUAGAAACACGUCUUAUGUCAAACUAAGCCAGCACUUUGACCAUAGACUCCAUAUUAAGUCAUGACUCCAACGAUAUCACGAUCAUAAUGCGUUUAUAAGCUGCUAACAACCACAGCGGGUCUGUUACACGAUGUCCCUUUCUACUCACCCUGAAGCUAGCUGAUGUUCACCGUCUCAGGGCAGAUAAUGCAGUUCAAGUUCAAUUUCUGAGUUCAAAUCGCAGAAAUAGCUGUCCAUAGUACGAGGUAUCCGUGGAAUAUCCAUCCGUGCAAAAUCCAUCAGUGCAAUAUCCAUCAGCAUCCACAACGAACAAAUCUGCCAACUCUGCACUUGCCUACAAUACACGGCAAAACUUCUCCGUGCACUCGGGUAUAAGUGCAGAUCUUAGCAAGCGAUUUCCUUGUCGGUCAGUACGUGGUGGCACAAAUACAAUUGAAUGCUUAACAAUAAACAUAGCCUUAACUCGACAAAGGCGUCUGCCAAAUCCCAUAACCAUAAUUCAAAACAGCUGUGACAUUUUGAUCAGAUUAUGCAGCAUGCCUAUUCUGCUUACUGCACAUUAAGGCUAAUAUUAUACAUCAGUAUUCCUUAUUGACUAGCUGGAAUUAUUUUUUUCCCUUUCAUCCUAUGUUUAAAGCAGGCAUACGUGGGCAUAUAAUUGGGCUACGGUUUUUUUUUUAAUAUAGCCUAUAGGACUGCACGUUGAACAGGUAGACUAGGAUGAAAAGUUUGAGAACCAGUUUCAAGAAUAGCCAUCAAACUGCUAUAUGAUGACGAAAUUGAUCAUCUGUAUUUUAUUCUCUCUACCCCCUGCCUUGUCAACAAAAUUAUUCUAGUCGUGAUUUCUGUUUAAUCCUGCAUAAUGUUGUAUUAUAGCGUUUAUCGGCGCAAAGUGACUAUAGGCGUGCGUCUGAUUGUGUCAACGUUUUUUCUUAACCUAAGGGGUGCUGGGGCCUGAAACUGAUCGUCCCCCAUCUGGUGAUAGUCAGACACUACAUGCUUGUCCAUCAGAUGCUCAAAAUGUGUAACCCAUGACAUUAAAAUAGCUCAUUUUCGUGAGUAUAUCAUAUGUUGCAGCUGUUGCUUCUGAGGCCCUACCAUGCCAGUGACGUCAUUGGAAUUGAGCGUUCUAAUACUAACAAACGCAUUUUUUUUGUGUUGCUUAAAAAAGGCUAUGUAUUAAAAAAAUUUAUUCAAAUUUUUAGUGCAAUUUAGUUGUAAUUGUGAUAACCAACACGUCUUCAACGUUAAUU